AUGCAGCGGACUCCGGGGAUCACAGGCAUCCUACAGAGGGACCAUGAGGGGUCCCAGGGUUCCCGCAAGAGGUGCUGGAGAAAGACUGGGUGCCUCGAGUGGGUCUACACAAAACUCAAGCCAGUUUUCCAAGCAACCUUAACCCUAAAUGCUAAAGCAGCAAGGAAUGGCCUUCAGGUCACUGUCAAUCCAGAACAGGACCAGAGAGUUCUUUUGGUGGAGCUGGCAUCACUGAGUUCCCCAGUAGCCCCUAUACAAAGCUACCUCGUCUGUGCCUUUCCUGUCCUCCCUCUUCAAGCAGACCCCAGAUGGUGGACGGAAGGAACGGGGGCACAGUGGCAGUUUAUCCUCGUGGGCUUUGAGCAGAGUUGCCUUUCCACUUGGGUAUUGCUCUUUUCCCUCUUCCUAAUCCUUGCCAUGGCCAUGCAUGGCCUCAUCAUUUUCAUCACCUGGACAGACCCCAGGCUUAACAGCCCCAUGGACUUCUUUGGCCACCUGUGCUUCCUGGAUACCUGCUUCAGCACCACCACCCUCCCGCAGAUGCUGAUCCACCUGGUGGUCAAGAACUGUACUCUCUCCUUUGCCUCCUGCAUGACCCAGAUGUAUCUGGUGUUUGGUGUGGGUGUGGCCGAGUGCAUCCUCUUGGCUUUUAUGGACUGUGACCGUUAUCCUGCUAUCUGCCACCAGCUUAACUAUGCCCAGAUCAUGAGCCAGCAGGUCUGUGUGAGGCUGGUGGGUCCUGCCUGGUUCUAGGCUGAUUACAUGACAUUUCGUGGUCCGUUCUGUGUAGACAACCACAUAGAAAACUUCUUCUGUUGUGAGGCCCCCAUAGUGACCACCCUCUCUUGUGGAGACCCCCACUUUAGUCUGAGGGUGAUCUUUGCUGAAGCCAUUGUGGGGCUGCUCAGCCCCACGACGCUCACUGGCGUCUCCUAUGCCCUGAUCUGGGCCUCUGUCUUCAGCAGAGCCUCCUCCUCGGCUCGGGGGAAGCGCUUCUCUACUUGCACCUCCAAUCUGACUGUGGUCAGCUUUUGCUAUACCUCGGCCCUGUUCUCUUACAUGAACCCCCACAGCACACAUGGCCCUGACAAAGACACGCCUUUCUCCCUCCUCUACACCAUCACCACCGCCAUGUGCAAACCCAUCAUCUACAGUUUCCAAAACAAGGAAAGGAAGGGGGCCAUGGUGAGGGCCCUGGACAGACCAGCCUGGCGCAGGCGGAGUCUGUCUAGCUAG